AUGUCUGAGUCUCAGCCUCGACUGCUCCUUGAAGAGCUGAGGGCCAAGCUCUCGAGCGUUACCGAAUCUCUUUUUCAAAAUGCCUCAUUCGUGCAGGGACAAUUCGGAGGUGCUGGGUCUCGUCUCGCAUCACUGUGUCGAGGCCCAGCGUAUGCAGACAAGACGCUCCAGCAUCUCGAGCAAAGGUGGAACUUCCUACAAGGCGGCGUACGCUCGGAGCUUGCAUCCCAAUGGGAGAGCAACCUCACUCGCUUCUCGCAGAAACUUAGAGCGUCGCGGGAUGGUUGUGGAUGCUCUGCCGACGGUGACGGCCUGCUGGCCUUGACGAGCUGCGCAAUAUGUCGGCUAAAGGUCACCGAAGUUGCUGAGGAUUUGGAGAAGUUCACGAUGACCUUUGCAGAAAAGCUGGACAUCGAUGAGAGAGCCGUGGCCCACCGUGAUGGGCUUGAAAAAAUUCACGUCAAGGAGGCCAUGAUACGCCGUCUCGAGGAUGAGGCCAGGACGCUGAAAGACGACCUCGAGCAGAAGUCGAGAACGAUUGAGCUUCUUUCGGCACAAAACACAAAUCAAAGGGUCACGCUUGAGGAAGCUAGGGAUGCUAAGAGAGAGUUCGAGAUGACUUGCCACAUGUUGGAGGAGGAACUUGCCGAGUCUGUUGAUAGCAUUGAGAAAUGCGCCGAGGAACUGAGAAAGGUAGAGAGAUGGGAAGUGGCCGAACGAGGAUAUGACACACUGCACCGUCUCCUUCAUGCAAAGAUACGUCGAAUGGAGGCUCGUCCUGCUCUAGAUGGCGCUCGUAAGGAUCUAGAGAUCAGGUCGCUGACAAUGGAUCAUCUUCGAGUACUUGCAUUGACGAAGCUUUCUCGAUAUCCGGAUGCAGAAGAGCUUGCUAGACAAGUAUGGCAAAGGCGGAAGGAAUUACUUGUCGAGACUUCCAAUGAAGUCAGAGACGUCUUUUUGACAUACUGCGAGCUCCUCACACGGAAUAACCGUUGCGAUGUUGCAGAGAGGGAGUACAUAAUCAUGUACUAUGAUCCCAAUCUACAGUAUCCAACGGAUCCCAAGGAUGUCGAGUGGAAACUGGUAAUCAUGUCCCAGAUCGGUAGGGUCAUGGGCAAACAGGAGAAGCAUGACGAGUCAGCCCUCUGGCAUCGCAAGGUUCUCAAUGAAAGGAUCGCAGCGACACCAGUGGAAGUCAACAAAGCUGCCAGUAGCGCGGUAGAGCUGCUACGAGCACAGAAGAAGCAGGCAAAGGGUUUCACUAUCAUUGAUCAGAAGAUGAAGGCAGAUCUUGACAAAAUCUGGCGACUACGUGAGAGAGGCAACGAACAGCCAGAUGUCUUAUCUUGCGGGUUCCAUCUAGGCAUGCGUCUCCAAGAAGAAGGUAAGGAAGAGGAGGCGGCCAAUGCUCUCUGGGAAGUGUGGGAUAGGCGAAAACAGCUCGCAAAGCCAGAUGAGACGCUAGCAGCCGCGAAACAAGUCGAGGCGUUGCUCAUCAAGCUGAAGAAUCUUCAGAGGCUCGAGACACUAUACGAAUGGAUGCGCAAGUUUGAUGGGUCAGGGCAUGGUGAGGCUGAACGAGUCUGGUACCAAUACAAGCUCGCCUGUGUUCACACCGUCUCGGAGAAGCUGAUCAGUGCCGAAUCGCUACUCCAGGAAGGAAUCCAACGACGACUUGCCAUCUUUGGCUCCGACGAUGCCGAAUCCUUCCAACAGACUCAUAUGUACGGUGAAGUGCUGAGAAGACUCGGUAGAUUUGAAGUAGCCAAAGACAGACUCAAAGAUGCUUGGGACCGGCGCCAGCAGCUACCAGAAGCAACACUACAAGCUGUCUUGAAGAUCGGUCACUUGUAUGGUGACAUAUUGAUGGAGUCAGGAGCUUUUGGCGACAUUGACAAGGCUACAACUGUGCUCAGAGAUGCGUGGGAGAAAGCUAUCCUCAAUUUGGCGAGGGUUGCAGAGGCAGGGUUGAUCUCAAAGAGGAAUCAGUCACUCUAUGGCGGCCUGAUGGUUGUGGGGGAUUGUUACGGCAUCUGUUUGAUGAAACAGAAAAAGUACAACACGGCAAAGGACGUUUUCGCGGCAGUUCUUGAGAGAAAGAAAGACUUGUUUGUCGAUCAGACUGAACUGGACAAAACUGAACAGCUUCUUAGAAAGGCAAGAGAUCUUCGAGGAAGUCGACAUCCUUCACCUGCCAUGAACACAUCGGAAGCCCAUCCUCUAGACUUAGCACGAUUACUGAGCCAUUGGAGCAUUACAACCGUCUCGGCGGCCGGAGUUCCCGCUCUCAGAGGACAUCACAGAGGCUUAAUAGAGGGCAGUUAG